AUGAAUAGAUGCAGCGGCGUUCCUCGUCACGACAUCGUCUACUGGACCGGUCUCGGAACCAUUUUGGUUCAACUGGGCAUUUCUACUAUCCCAAUAGCAAACGAGAGGGAUUGGACCAUCCUCGUUCUAACCAUUGGAGGGACUAUACUGGCCAUUCUUACUAGUCUACUUCCACAAUGGAAGUCAGAGAAAUGGGCAUGCCGAACGUAUUCGAAGGACACCUACGUCGUGACCGGCGGUAAUGGGUCCCAGCAUGCCAUAGUCAUUCUAGCGAACGGGCACGGCCUGAAUCUCGAGGACUUGGCGGCGGGACACAGAAACAUGGACGUGACAGCCAUCAUGGCUACUAGAGUGGCCAUUGUAGCCCUCUCCGCAUUGUGGAUUUUCUUUGUCAUCUCAGCUGCCGGAGUCGGUGGCAAUGCUUGGUUUGUGUUAGUCGUGGGAGCAGUUGGAAUGAAUCACAAUACUCUAGUCGCCGGGGCAGCCCGAAAACCGGAAAGCCACGGUAUUCAUCUUGACUUCGUCGAAGUUAUCGGAGCCACGGAAGUUAUGAAGACCCUAAUAGCUGUCGAGAAGAAGUAUCCUUGCCUUGGCCGGAGUAUGCUAAGCGAAUUUUCCCCGGGCCGGCUAAGCGAAGACGAAAUCCAGCUAUGGAAUGGCCUGGAGAAACGUGUGGGAAGUAAGAAGCCUUCAUGCCAGGCUUCCAGAACACGUUCUGAGCCAUCCGCAUUUAAGUAG